AUGACUGGCGUGGGUGGUAUCGUUGCCCUUAUGGAUGAUGUAUCGAGUCAAGAAGACCGUCUUUUCAAAGCCAAUGAUGGACUUGAAAUACUGCUUGGGUUCUCAAGACUGACAUCUUCGCAAAAGAAAUCAUACUUGGAACUCCACGCAUAUAUAUCCGAUCAGGUCAAGACUCUUGCGGAGCAAACAGGACGUACUUGGGACGAAAUUUCGGAGAUGGAUCGAAAGAUCUUGUCAGUCCACGCGACCAAUAGUUUCGAGGAUGGGGUGUUCCUGUUUGGUUCUCGCUUCAACCACUCAUGCGCUCCGAACGUUGCGUUCUUAUACGAUUCGAAUAUGGCGAAGAUGAGUUUUCGUGCCACAAGUAAUAUUCCAACCGGAGAAGAGCUCAACAUCUCGUACAUCAGUUUGCCUGAUCUUCCUCGCAGCCUUCGAAAAGAAAAAUUGAGUCAUUGGGGCUUUAUAUGCACAUGUCUCGCCUGUGAAGAUUCCCCACGAAGCGAACAAGGAGAGCGGAGACGACAUGAGCUUAUCAGAGUCGCUUGCGAACCUUAG